AACUCUCACACGAUUGGACUCAUCCAUCCAUGACUAUUCAUCUUCUAUCGGCAGUUAUGCACCUGCAGUCAGUUUUGCAAGGUAGUUCAAAAUGUGGAUAUACUCAACAAUCAUCCCGACAUGGAUUUUUCUCAACCAAAGCAACCACAACCAACCCCCUCUCUGUGUCGAACGCACGUGCAAGUGCUGCAGUGCAACUGAAACUCGUUGUAAAUCGAGCACCUCCGCUUCUGGCAUUCAGGAUCAUUUGGGGGCUUAAUGCGCUAACAUUUGCAUUCCACAUCAACCAGGCCACUCGCAGCAACACCAUGGCUGCUACAGCAAUAGCAAUACGAACCUUCACAAACGCCGCUGCUCUUAGCAGGGGAGGGACAAACCUCUGGAGCACUUACUCCCGCUCUCUGGCAACGCUCGUUCCAAGCCACAUUCGCGGCGUCGCUGCAGUGAGGACACUGCCCACAUUCGGAUCCCGAGCGGCGACCACCAUCGCGGAGGGCAGCAAGCUCCCCGACGCCGAACUCUCGUAUUUCGACAAGGAGGGUAACGUAAACAUCGUCAAAGUCUCGGACCUCAUGCGUGCCAAGAAGGUAGUCCUCUUCGCAGUCCCCGGCGCCUUCACCCCGACGUGCUCCACGCAGCACCUUCCCGGAUUCGUGGCCAAGGCGGACAAACUGCGGAAAGCAGGCGCGGAUUUGCUGGCGUGCGUGAGCGUGAACGACGCCUUCGUGAUGCGAGCGUGGGGGGAGAAUCAGAACGUGGGCGAGAGUGUGUUGUUGCUGUCGGACGGGCUGGGGAAGUUCACGCACGCGAUGGGCGCGAGCGUGGACCUGAGCGACAAACCCGUGGGGUUGGGGGUGCGGUCGCGGCGGUAUGCGAUGCUGGUGGACGACGGCGUGGUGAAGACGCUGCAUAUGGAGGAGGGCGGCGCCUUCACCAGCAGCGGCGCCGACGACAUCCUCAAGGCCUUGCUCAAGCGCAAGACCAGCGCCGCCACCGCGCCCGAGUGCGCCAACCAGAACACCACGUGAUGAUGCUGAUAAUGAUUUUAUGAGACACGUCCAAGCAAAAGUUUGUAAAACAUUGAAUUGAAAUGGUUUGCAAUUUGAAACCAUCAUUGACUGGUACGAUAAGAACAUGUGAAUUAGAAAAAUGAGAACUGAAUUUCUCUUCUGUGAGACAAAUCAUCACAAGUUAAAUGCCCAAGUAAGCACAUUCAUUGAAAUUCUAAUGAAAGAGUUCAUUCUCAUCUCAAAUAUCAAUUUUCA